AUGUCAACUUCAGACGAGACAGACGGUUUCCGACCUAGAUAUGGGUCUGUUCUGGAUGGCGUGGAGCGGCUCACUGCUGAAGAGAUGGAUGAGCGGCGCCAGCAGAAUAUGGCCUAUGAAUACCUGUGCCACCUGGAGGAGGCUAAACGAUGGAUUGAAGCAUGUUUGAAUGAGGAUCUCCCACCCACCACUGAGCUGGAGGAGGGCCUGAGGAACGGCGUUUAUCUGGCCAAGCUGGGAAACUUCUUUGCCCCCAAUGUGGUCUCUCUCAAAAGAAUCUAUGACCGUGAACAAACACGCUACAAGGCCACUGGGCUCCAUUUCAGACACACAGACAAUAUCAUCCAGUGGCUGAAUGCAAUGACAGAUAAGGGCCUCCCUAAGAUUUUCUAUCCUGAGACAACAGACAUCUAUGACAGGAAGAACAUGCCACGCUGUAUCUAUUGCAUACAUGCUCUCAGCCUCUACCUGUUUAAACUUGGUCUUGCGCCCCAGAUUACAGACCUGUAUGGCAAGGUCGCCUUCACAGAGGAGGAGAUCAACAACAUGAAGAUCGAAUUAGAGAAAUACAACAUUCAAAUGCCAGCCUUCAGCAAAAUCGGUGGGAUUUUAGCCAACGAGUUAUCAGUGGACGAAGCAGCCUUGCAUGCUGCUGUGAUCGCCAUCAAUGAUGCCAUUGACCAUGGAGUUCCUGAGGGCACUUUAGCUGCCAUGAGAAACCCGAACGCCAUGUUGCUGCAGCUGGAUGAAAGCGCUGCCCAGCAGUACCAGGACACCCUGUUCCAGGCCAAGAGUGAGAAAGUGGCCAACUCCCGAAAGAGAAUUGGAGAGAAUGCAGAGGCUGAAAGAGAUAUUUACGAUGAGCUGCUCACACAUGCUGAAAUCCAGGGAAACAUCAACAAAGUCAAUUUGUCCAAAGCCUUGAAUUCGACAGAAAAGGCCCUGCUAAGCGGGGAUGAGGACAAGCUGUAUGAGGCUCUCCGCACCCCUGCGUUAGGCCUGCAGUCACUUCAGGCUCAGAACAAGGGAUGGUACCUCAAACAACUGCUGGCCGAUCGAGAGCAGAAGGAACAGAAUGCACCCGGAGAGCCGCUGAUAAAAGAAGAGUUACAGAGCGGAGUGAACGCAGCCAAUGCACAGGCAGCAGAGUUUCAAAGAUUGCUGCGGGCGGUGGAGAGCAUUAAUGCAGCCAUCAGAAAAGGUGUCGCAGAGGAAACAGUCCAUGAGCUGAUGAACCCGGACGCUCAGCUGCCGCAGGUUUACCCCAAUGCUGCAGAUCUGUACCAAAGAGAGCUGUCCAGUCUACAGCAGCAAAGCGCUGAGGGCUCUCUGUCGCACCCGGAGCUGGUGGUUGCUGUUGAGAUGCUGUCUUCAGUGGUGCUGAUCAAUGAGGCGCUGGAUGUUGGCGAUCGGGCUGCCAUAUGGAAACAGCUCAGCAGCAGUGUCACUGGACUCAGCAAUGUAGAGGAUGAGUACUCCCAGAGGUACAUCGAUGAGCUGUUGCGUCUGAAAGCCACGGCUCGUGAGGAGGGAAGUGACUACCUCACCUGGAAUGACAUCCAGGCUUGUGUGGACCAGGUCAACAAUAACAUCCUGGAGGAGCACGAAAGGAUUGGUGCUAUUGGUCAGAUCAACGAGGCUCUUGAUGAGGGUGACCUACAGAAAACAAUGGCUGCUCUACAAAACCCUGCUGCCAAGCUCACAGAUAUUGAUCCAUCCCUGGCCCAACAUUAUUAUGAUAUACUGCAGGAGGCAAGGAGAGAAAAGGCUCAUGAAUCUGGAGAUCCAUCUGCGGUGCUUUGGCUAGAUGAGAUUCAGGAUGCAAUCCUGAGAGCCAACAAGGACUCAGAGGAAGCUCUGCAGUUCUCUCAGGCGAUCCAGGCCAUUAAUGAGGCUGUAGAUAAUAAGGACUCUUCUCAGACACUGGCGGCCUUGCGAUCCCCUGCUGCUGGCAUGUAUGGAGUCACAUCUGAAUGUGCUCAAACCUACCAGGAUGACCUGCUGCGAAUUAAAGACGACAAGAGAAAGGAAGGAGAUAAUGGCAGUGAAUGGAUGGAACAUUGGGUGAAAGGAGGACACAACUACUACUACAACCUAAAAACUGGACAAGGAACCUGGGAUAAGCCUGCAGAGUUUACUCCAAACAACUCACAGCUCAACAAGGAGGAAAUACAGUCUGUUGUGUCAGGAGUGACCCAAGCAUAUAACCGAGAGCAGCUCUGGUUGGCCAAUGAGAGUCUGAUCGGCAAGCUUCAGGCCCGCUGCCGUGGCUUUCUGGUGCGACGGGGAAUGAAAGAGCGUCUUGAGUUCUUGAAGUCUCAAGAGCCAUCUGCUACACGGAUACAGGCCCACUGGAGAGGCUUUCAGGAGAGGAAGAAGUACAAUGAAAGGAAGCAGUUCCUGAAUGAUCAUUCUGAUGAAGCCGUCAAGAUUCAGUCAAUGGUCAGGAUGCAUCAAGCUCGUAAAAAAUACAAAGAUCGUCUGCAGUAUUUCAAAGACCAUAUCAAUGACGUGGUGAAAAUUCAAGCGUUCAUUCGAGCUAACAAAGCGAGGGAUGACUACAAAACACUUAUCAACGCGGAUGAUCCUCCAAUGGGAGUCGUCCGUAAGUUUGUCCACCUGUUGGACCACAGCGACCAGGAUUUCCAGGAAGAGCUGGAGCUGAUGCGGCUCAGAGAAGAAGUGAUCACCAACAUCCGCUCCAACCAACAGCUGGAGAACGACCUUAAUCUGAUGGACAUCAAGAUCGGCCUGCUGGUGAAGAACAAGAUCACGUUGCAGGAGGUGGUCUCUCACAGCAAGAAGCUCACCAGGAAGAACAAGGGGGAGCUGUCAAACCUCAUGAUGAUGAACAAGCAGAAAGGAGGCCUGAAGGCGCUGAGUAAGGAGAAGAGAGAGAAGCUGGAGGCGUAUCAGUUCCUCUUUUACCUGUUGCAGACAAAUCCAACCUAUCUGGCCAAGCUGAUCUUUCAGAUGCCACAGAACAAGUCAACCAAGUUCAUGGACUCUGUGAUUUUCACACUGUACAACUACGCUUCCAAUCAGCGCGAGGAGUAUCUCCUGCUAAAUCUCUUCAAAACAGCUCUGCAAGAGGAAAUCAAAUCAAAAGUGGACCACAUCCAGGAGAUUGUUACUGGAAACCCAACAGUCAUUAAGAUGGUGGUGAGCUUUAACAGAGGAGCUCGAGGUCAGAACGCCCUCCGGCAGAUCCUGGCUCCAGUUGUGAAGGAAAUCAUGGAUGACAAAACACUCAACAUUAAAACCGACCCAGUCGACAUAUACAAGAGCUGGGUCAACCAGAUGGAGAGUCAAACAGGAGAGGCCAGUAAAUUGCCGUAUGAUGUAACUCCAGAGCAGGCGAUGAGCCACGAGGAGGUUCGAACCCGCUUGGAAGCGUCCAUCAAGAAUAUGAGGACGGUCACAGACAAAUUCCUCUCGGCCAUAAUUGUUUCAUUGGAUAAAAUCCCGUACGGCAUGCGGUUCAUUGCCAAAACACUGAAAGACACACUUAAUGAAAAGUUUCCUGAUGCCACAGAGGAUGAGCUUUUGAAGAUUGUGGGCAACCUGCUUUACUACCGUUACAUGAAUCCUGCCAUUGUGGCUCCUGAUGCGUUUGACAUCAUCGAUAUAUCAGCUGGGGGUCAGCUGACCACAGAACAGAGGCGAAAUCUGGGGUCAAUCGCCAAAAUGCUGCAACACGCAGCCUCAAACAAGAUGUUCCUUGGAGACAACGCACAUUUGAACCCCAUCAACGAAUACCUCGCCAACUCCUACCAGAAAUUUAGACGUUUCUUUUUGUCCGCUUGUGACGUCCCUACUUUGGAGGACAAGUUCAAUGUGGAUCAGUACUCAGACGUGGUCACCUUGACCAAGCCUGUGAUCUACAUUACCAUCGGGGAGAUCAUCAACACUCACACGCUCUUGCUGGAUCACCAAGAUGCCAUUGCACCAGACCACAAUGAUCCCAUCCAUGAGUUGCUGGAUGACCUAGGAGAGGUGCCCACCAUUGAGUCUUUAAUAGGUGAGAGCCCACUGCCAGCUGAUGAUCCCAGCAAGGAAAUGAUGGGUAAGACAGAAGUCUCCCUCACCCUCACCAACAAAUUUGAUGUUCCCGAUGAGGCCAAUGCUGAAAUGGAUGCCAAAACUCUUCUCCUUAACACCAAGAGGCUCAUAGUAGAUGUGAUCAGAUUUCAGCCAGGAGACACACUUACUGAGAUUCUGGAGACUGUAGCUUCACCUGAGCAGGAAGCAGAGUACCAGCGAGCUAUGCAGCGGCGAGCCAUUCGCGAUGCAAAGACCCCAGAGAAGAUGAAGCAAGCCAAACCAGUUGUAGAUGACAGUCUUACUUUGCAAGGCAAGAAGGACAAGAUCAAGAGCAACCUGCAAAGACUGGGAGAGUUGGGCAAAGUACACCCUGAGAAGAAAUACCAGGACCUAAUCAAUGACAUCGCCAAGGACAUCCGCAACCAGAGGCGAUAUCGUCAGCGGCGAAAGGCAGAAUUGGUGAAGCUUCAGCAGACUAAUUCUGGUUUAAACUCCAAGACCAAGUUCUACAACGAGCAGAUUGACUACUACAAUCAGUACAUCAAGACCUGCAUGGACAAUUUAGGGAGCAAGGGAAAAGUUUCUAAGAAACCUGGAGAUAAACAGGCAAAGAAGAGCAAGCAGGUAUCACAGAAGUACACAGCAGCCCGUCUGCAUGAGAAGGGAGUGCUUAUUGACAUCGAUGAUCUGCAGACAAAUCAGUAUAAGAAUGCAAUUUUCGAGAUCUCGCCAUCAGAGACUGUGGGAGUGUUUGAGGUGAAAGCCAAGUUUAUGGGCGUUCAUCUGGAGACAUUAAUGUUAGAAUACCAGGACCUGCUCCAGUUGCAGUAUGAGGGGGUGGCAGUGAUGAAGCUGUUUGAUCGAGCUACUGUAAAUGUUAACCUUCUCAUUUUCCUGCUCAACAAGAAGUUCUACGGAAAAUAG